AUGCCCACUGAAUCGAAGUUGAGACUGCGACCUCCCUCUGUCCUCUCUAGGGCAUCGAAGAACACCUCAUCUGUUCGCAUCAACUGUAGAAUGAGCGCUAUCAUCAAUGAGAACGAGGAUAUUGCUGUUGCUCAUGAGAGCCAGGACGCAGCGUCUGCUGUGGUCAGCACGACGGUUGCUAUGGUUGGAUCGGUCUCAUUAGUUAGGGGAACACCAAAGAAUCUUCCUCUCGUAGCAAGUCCUUGGCUAGCCGAGAUGGAAACGCAAACUGUGACGGUGGCAGAUCCCGAAAUUUCUUUGGAUAGCACCGUUCAUCGAAAGAAAAAGACCACUGGCGACAUGAAUCUCGAUAAUGUCCGCCUGCCCACAGCAGUACUGGUGAAUAUAGCAGACACAUUCCCAGUUACCUAUCAGCAGCAACUGAUAAACGUUCCGACACUGUCAUUGUUGGUGGCUUGCGAAAAGAAACUUCUCAUUGUCGUCAGGUGUUACAUGCCCGAUGUGUCAUAG